AUGGUUCGGCCUGUUUAUUCUUAUGGCCUAAGAGGUCUCUGUGUUAUGUUCAUUUUACUACUACUUUACUUUAUUCCUAUUGUUACGUCUCCCACACUAGCAAUAGUCCUCACUAAGCGAGUGAAACUACCAGUCCCUGAGUUUCCGCUCGAUUUUGAGGGCCGUGUUAAAAAGGGCGCCUGGCUUAAUGAUCUCUUUUCUCUAAGCGAUAGAGAGGCAAAACAGUGGGCCAGCCCGUUCCAGCCGGCCGACAUAUCUACUUGGGGUCCUUCUUUUGGGGCCUCCUUGGACGCAGCAUUCAAUGACCCAGCGUUUCCAAUCGACAAAUCGAAUAAUGGCAUUUACCGCUUCCUCCAUAAUAAAAGUUUUAGGUAUAAAGAUGGUCGUAAGGGGAAGCCAACGCACGCAAAAUACGCUAAUGUAGCCAAUCCGCGCGCUGGGGCAUUUGUUUUUGAUUCAAACUGGAGUCCUAAAUACAAACUAGCUGAAGGGGGUAAAGGGGAUAUCCCUGACCUGGACACACUGUCCGACAUUGCGUACUUUCAGUGGCAGCAAAGCUGCAAUGCUGUAGGUGUCGCAACUAGUAGCCUUAAGGUCAUUUUCCGUUCUCAUGUUAUAUAUGCCCCUACUUUUAACACUGUUGUUGAGGCAAUACGUGGAGCAGGCUACAAAGAGGUCCCAGGUUGGGAUGAGCGGAUAACAUUCUCAAUGGAAUCAAGGGAGGGACUUGCGAUCCUUGGCAGUGCUAAUGGGGCCUCAACAGCUUGGUUCCUAAUACAGCAUAGAGCGGAACUAGGUGCAAAGAAAAUAAAGGAGGUAGUAGUCUGGGACUACUAUGGAGGUUUUAGGUUUGACACAAAGAUGGAUGAUACUGUCCUAAAUUUAAGAUUUACAGUAGUAGAUGCUUAG